AUGUCUGAACGUGAUGAUCACAUUCAUGCGACUAAAAAGUUCAAACACAGUGAAUGCAAUGAGGAAUCAAAUGAAAAUCAUGACAGGCGCAAACAAGUUGAUGCACAUGUUCAAGCCUUCCUCAAGGCUGUGCUUGAUCAUGCUCAUGGUGGUACUGUCAGGCAAACAAACAAUCCAAACAAAAAAGAUAAAUCUGUGAUAAAAAAGGAUGCUUCCACUCAGACAGAAGAACAGAAUGACUUUGAAUCGUGUUCGUACAACCCAGAUCAGUCAGUUUCUGAAUAUCUGGGUUGCAACAAAAAUGAAAAAAGUAGUCGAGUUCCUAAUCGAGAAAUGUACAGCGAGGAAGCGCUAAAUUUACUUUCCCAACAAAGUUUUUAUUCUGAAGAAGCACAAAACGAUCUCUCUUUUAAUGACAACUCCACCCACUGCUAUUCCACUCAAUGUGAUACUGGUCUCUUAAAUCAUGGUGUUAGUAAUAAGAGUGCCCGCAUUUCUUCUAAUAAGAUCAAAAGAGCAAUAGACGAAUGGGUUAGAAAAUAUGAAGAUUGGUUUUUCCAAAACUUUGGGAUGGAUGUACGAACGGCUUCCCAUUCAAUUGAAUCAAAACCUGAGAGUGAACUCAAACAAAGUUCAGAAGUAAUUAUUGGUGCUCAAAAAUUGUUCAACACUAAUCCAUCCGAUUCUCAAAUGCUAAAUCCUUGCGUUAUAUCACACUCACCUGUAAGUUAUUUCAUCCCAGAGGGUUCGUUGUGCACAAUCGAUGGUAGGUUUUCACCAUACUACUCCCUCGUCCCUUCAUUUUACGUUUCCCCAACUUUAAGCAACACCCCCCUUGGUUUACACUCUAAUGUGACAGCUUUCAACUUCGGCGUUGGCCUACCAUUGUAUCCAAAUCAUACAUUUAUACCUACCACCAUUAAUACAACCAUGCCUAAUGCAGUCGUUUCGUAUCCAUCGAAUUUCGCCAACCAGCUAGGUGCUUCUACAAUGUCAUUUCCACCAAACGUAACCAGCACCACUGCAACGUGCAACACAACAAGCUUUCAUGUAGGUACAUCCUUUCCUAUACCUCCGACUAUUCAACACAAUCACUGCAUCACCUCCUUCGCAGAUCUGCCCAGUGAGUUACAAACAUCUGCAAUGCUUGCCACUUUAGCCCUUCCAGUUGCUGACAGUCAACAUAGCUUAGGUCAGUGGGGACCACAUUUGAAAUAUGGUACUUAUGGUCGGCUCCCAUCUCCCCUUGACCUAGAAGCUUUUAAUUCUCAUAGGCAGUUAUCUGAGUUCGGACAAAAUCAAACAAACCAAUUAUCCUAUUCAUCGCCUGAUUUAUCAAACAAAUCUCCCACCGCUCCUAAUAAAUCAGUGAAAAUGCCUCCUCCACCCCCCACCUUCAUUCUUUUAAGAAGGCAAGCCAUGGUCUGUGCACUCCAGCUAUGUUGUCGGGAGCGUGGAAGUGAACUAUUUCUUCGUGAAAAGGAAAGUUGUAGUGGCUUAUCCAUCGACUUUGUGAAGGAACUAGCCCAAGUAGUUGAAUCCAGUAUUGGCCUUCGACCCACAUAUAUUUUUACAAGAAUCACAGAUCUUCCCCAGAGGGAACGUUCCUUUUUUCUGAAUACUGAAGUUCAAAAAUAUCCUCAAAAUCACCUGUCUUCUAUUUCAAAUACCGAAAAAUCAUUUGAUAUCAAACAAUUAAUUGCUUGUGAUCUUUUGAUUGGAGAUGUGCUAAUUGCAGAAUCACUUUCUGCGUCUAAAUCCCUCGCACAAAUCUGCACUGCGCGACAGGCCUUUCAGAUUUUAUCUCGACCUUGUUUCCUCGUCGGAUCUGUACGUCAAUGGGAGGAGGUGGAAUACUUGGUUUUAUGUUUAAGUCCGAAAGCAGAAAUAGUUCCUAAACUAUCUCCAUUUCUCAAGGAUCCUUUUGAAUCCGACUUCGAAAAAGAUGGUGAUUUCGAGGGUGAUGAGAGCAUCACCACAGUAUUCACCCCUAAACCAUUUGAUGAUAUGUGGAUUUACCUAGCGCAACUUCCAAAAGAAAAAUUACAUGAUCAGGUUCAUCUAGAGAGAAUUUUGGCCCAGUCUGCUGAAUUCAGUCAAAUGCUUGUCAGCUUUGAAUUUGAAGUGCAAACAACCACUGGUCAAAUUAUAUGCAAUACAUUAAUUGAUAAUCAGCGUUGUUUAAGCGUUGAAAGUCCAAAUCUUCAUGGUGCUCAGCAAUCGGCACUGAGUAGUCUAUUGAAUAAAUUAUGUGCUACUCAACCUGUGGUUGGUUUAAUAUUCUCACGGGAAGAAGAAUUCGAAGAUGACACUACUUCAUCUCUCUGGGGAAUUCCUGAAUACCUCAUGGUGGAAAAUCUCAUGUGGGGUAAAGAAGAACUGGAUUCACCAAUACAUUUUGAACAACUAGAAGCUCACUGUGAAAUUCCAACUCUAUCUCCAACACAUCUUAUUUGUGAUGGCUCAGAUACUGUUAACAAUCAUGAUGGAAUAAAUUGUACUAAUCGAUUCUCGUCGCCUAUCAUAAUAGAAAGCUAUCUUCAGGCGUAUGCUGCUUCAGCUUUAGUCUCACCGAUUUGCAUAUUUCCUACUGUCGUUCCCAAAAAUCUCUGGCCAGUCGUACAACAACAUGCUAGGCGUUGGGGUUUGUUAAGUCGUGUGGAAGUAAAGCGUAAUCCAGACCCUUCCAGUUUUCUUAUCGUUUGUAAACGAGUCCCACUCUCUCGAUUAAAAAGAUCACUAUACGAUCAACAACAAUAUGGUUGCUUUUGUCUAAUCGAUAAAGGCAAUCUUACAACUGAAGCUUUAAAGCGUUUGUAUCAAGCUGAUCCACUUUGUUUUAGUGAGGAUGAUUCAAUAACACCAAACGAUAACAUUCAAUCAUCUGAUCAUAUGACUAACUUCAACUUAUCAUCUUCCUCACCACCAACGUAUUUCAGAACAUCAGACGAGUACAAUGAUGAACCAGUUACUCGUUACGCUCGUGAAUUCCUUUCUACGCAUAAAACACGCAUCAAAACAGAAUCUAAUGAGGAUAAUUGUAAUCUAAUCAAUGAUGAUUGUGUACUUGUAACAGCAGAACUUAAUCAACCAUCAAAUGCUAUUGAAAUAUUAGAUGAUCUUCCUAAAACACUUAUACCGGGUAUAGAUUUUUAGUAAUUGAUCUUUUUUUUUAAUCAAAUUAAUAGAACUAGAUCUUUCUUCAACUUUAGAUAUUUUGACACCCGGUACAAUUUCAUAAAAUAUUUUUUUUCUGACUAUUUAAUGAUAACAUAUUGAAGAGCAUUUUUAUAGUUUUGCAUUUACUCUGUUAUUCUUUAGUUCACCCAGUGUUAAUUCGUAUCAUCAUUUUCGUACGCCAUGAUAUAUAUAUAUAUAACACAAUUAUUGUUUUGUAUAAAUGAUUUGUUUUUCUUUUCGGCAAUUAUGGAUCAUCU